AUGUUAUCACGGGCUGCCACUUCUCGGUUCUUCACCGUUGCAUUCCCUGCCACUCGCAGGUCCUUUACCACGUCUCGCACCCGAUUGAAUGCUUCCAACGAACCCAGCUCGUUCAAAGAAGGGCUGUCACGAUACAAGCUCUUCGUGGGCCCCUUCUCCAAGGUCUUCCUGGGAGCUAUCUUCACGUACCAGGUCAUCUACUGGACGUGGCUAAAGCUUGAAAUGGACGAAUCCAAAGUCGAAAAGAACCAAGAGGUUGCGGAACUGGAAAAGAAGGCCAGGGAACUGACCAGCUCGAAAAAGUAA